AAGGAAUUCUCGUGGAAUUAUUUGAUUUUUUCGCAAUGACUAUGGAAGUUUCUCAUAUAAAUCACGUCCAUCCAAGACGAAUUCUAAAAUCAAUGUCACUUCACUUAUUUAAUGAAUCACUUUCAAAAUCUUAUGAAAAUUUUCAUUUAGCUUAUCAAGAUUGGUUAAAAUAUUCAAAUGCAUUAACUCAUCUAUUUUUGGCUUAUAUGAGGGAAAGAUCUUAUUCAACUAAUUUACCUGAUAGGUUAAAUAUAUUAUUAAAAGAUUAUGUUGAAUGUAGGGAGAAAUGUAUAAGAAAUAGUGUUACUAAUGAAUAUGGAAAUGAAAUUAUUUUUAAGGAACAUAUUUUACCUGAUAUUACUAUGGAAAAUUUAGAUGACGCUAUUAUAUCAAUGGAACAAUUUGAUAUUAAUCCUAUCCAAAGAUCAAGCAUGUUAAAAAGAAAUGUUAAAAAAAUUCAGAAAAAGAUCAGCAGAAGAUUCAGAAAUUCUUUUUAUCCAACAUUUCCCGAAAAAUUUAUCUUAAAACGUAAAGAAAAUAUUAAACCUUCUUCUUUCCCUAAUAUAACUAAGAUUGAUGAUCCAGAAACUGUCGAAAUUAAAUGGGAUGAGUUACAAAGUAGAGGUUUAUAUAUAUUAUCUGAAGAAGCUUUGAAAUUAUUAUUUAUUUAUGAUAAUUUUAGAUUUACUAAUUUUGAAAAUAGAAAGAAUAAAAAAAUAGAAAAAAAUGAACGAUAUAAUAUAUCAGGUCCAUUGGAAUUCAUUAAUGAUCCGAUAAAUAAUGAUGUUAAGAAUGUUUAUUCAAUUUAUUCAGUUGAUAAUGAAAAUAUUGAAUGUAAUGAUUUUAUAAAAGAAGAAUUUCAUGAUUCAAUAAUCAGCAAUUCAAAUAUAUUCAGUUCAACUUCAACACUUAACCCUUCUGAUAAUGGAACUAAUUCAACAACUAUUGAGUAUAAUAAAAUUAUGACUUCAAAUGAGAUAGAAGAACGAAAAAAA